CCCGGAGAACCCAGGAGUUUCCAUGCCGUGCUGCCCCCCAAGCUCUGGAUUCACCUGGCCGUGGUGGCCUGUGGCAACCGGCUGGAGGAGACGCUGGUCAUGCUGAAGUCAGCAGUGCUCUUCAGCCACAGGAAGAUGCACUUCCAUAUUUUCACAGAAGAAUCUCUGAAGCCCGAGUUUGAUAAGCAGUUACAGCAGUGGCCUGACUCGUAUACGGAGAAGUUUGUGCACAGAAUCUACCCCAUCACAUUUUCCGUGGGAAACCCCCAGGAGUGGAGGAAGCUGUUCAAACCCUGUGCUGCCCAGAGACUCUUCCUCCCGGUGAUUUUAAAGGAUGUGGACUCGCUCCUCUACGUGGACACUGACGUUCUCUUUUUGAGACCCGUCGACGACAUCUGGAAGCUCCUGCGGCAGUUUAACUCCACCCAGCUUGCAGCCAUGGCCCCUGAGCAUGAAAUCCCCAAGAUCGGCUGGUACAGCCGCUUUGCUCAGCACCCUUUUUAUGGCUCUGCGGGAGUUAAUUCGGGAGUCAUGCUAAUGAAUUUAACUCGUAUAAGAAGUGCCCAGUUCAAGAACAGCAUGAUUCCAACAGGGUUGGCUUGGGAGGACAUGCUGUACCCUCUAUACCAGAAGUACAAGAAUGCCAUCACGUGGGGAGACCAGGAUUUAUUAAAUAUUAUUUUUUACUUCAAUCCAGAGCGUCUCUAUGUGUUCCCCUGCCAUUGGAACUACCGUCCUGACCACUGCAUGUAUGGCAGCAACUGCAAAAGGGCGGAGCUCGAAGGGGUGUCUGUUCUGCAUGGGAACCGAGGCGUCUACCAUGAUGAUAAGCAGCCGACUUUCAAAGCCCUAUACGAAGCCAUACGGGAUUUUCCCUUUCAAGACAAUCUCUUUCAAUCCAUGUAUUACCCUCUUCAGUUGAAGUUUUUGGAAACUGUACACACUUUAUGUGGACGAAUCCCACAAGUGUUUCUGAAGCAAAUUGAGAAAACAAUGAAAAGGGCUUAUGAGAAGCAUGUCAUCAUGCAUGUUGGCCCCAACCAGAUGCGCUGAGUGUUUCAUCUUGUUGCAGUUAAUCAGGUAUCUCACCGAUGAGGAAGAGUCGUCUCUAAGCUGCCUGGGCCAUUUCUGUGUGAAUAUCUAAUGGUGCUCCCUGACAAUUGACUUUUAAAAGCUUUGUAAAAUGUUGCUAAAUUAGUCGCCCUAUAAAGAAAGUAAGCUUUUUUUUGUAAAAUGCUAUUUAUCUCUCUUGUUAUUUUUUAAAAAUAUGUUAUUACUCAUUUAACAUUGUUUAGGUUGAGCUAGCUGUGAAAAAGGAACUUUUGUUAGACUUUCAAUUCCUGUAAGUGUCUGAAACAGUAUC